AUCUCUGUAAGACACCAGCUGACCUGAGGAUACGUAGUAUGAGGUAUGACCGUGUUACAAAACAACACAGGUCGUGUCUUUUUCAGCUAAUAUCUCGGUUUUCAUGUGGAUGUCAGCAACUAAUGAUGCUACCAAUGGAGACAAGCACAACCAUAGCGCCAGUACAGAACGACUGUGAGACAUCAGAGUCCAAUUUUGUGAGUAGCUGGUGGCCUUCUUGGCGUCCAACCUCAAUGUCUUUAUUGAAAACGACAGAAUCAAAAAUCCUUGCUUGCAUACAGAAUGAUUUAUGGGCCAGAUUUGUAACCUUACCCAGCCAAGACAGAAUAUGGACUCUGACUGUCACAAACAAGAUGGCUCGUAAAUCCCCAGAACAAGUGGCCAAAACACCCCUGGUGAUGGUGCAUGGUUUUGGAGGAGGAGUCGGGCUCUGGAUCAGGAACCUGGAUGCACUCAGCCAGUCACGGCCAGUCUACGCCUUUGACCUUCUGGGUUUUGGCAGAAGCUCCAGGCCACACUUUCCUUCAGGUCCUGCUGAGGCUGAAGAGCAAUUUGUCAACUCUAUUGAACAGUGGAGAGAGUCUGUGGGCCUUGAAAACAUGAUUUUGUUGGGUCAUAGUCUUGGGGGCUACUUGGCCACUUCAUAUGCAAUCCAACAUCCAUCAAGAGUGUCACACCUCAUCCUUGUAGACCCCUGGGGCUUCCCAGAGCGACCACAGCCGCAGACAGAUGAGUCCUCAAGUAAAGAGGUGGUAAAGCGGCCCGGUCCUCCGCGCUGGGUCAAGGCUGUUGCAUCAGUGCUUUCUCACUUUAACCCUCUGGCUGUCAUCAGAGCAGCAGGGCCCUGGGGUCCAGGACUUGUAAACAGAUUUCGGCUAGAUUUUAAAAGGCGUUAUGAGGACCUUUUUGAUGAUGACACUGUCACAAAGUAUAUCUACCACUGCAACGCACAAAGCCCAAGUGGUGAAGUGGGCUUCCGGGCCAUGUCUGAGGGUUUAGGUUGGGCAAAGAGACCUAUGCUGCAUCGUGUUCAGUUGCUGCCUCCUAAAAUGCCCCUCUCUAUUCUGUAUGGCGCUCAGUCUUGGGUGAGCAGCUCAUCUGGAGAAGAGGUAGCCCAAAUCAGGAAUCAGGCUUAUACCACAGUGGCGUUAAUAAAAGAUGCUUCUCAUCACGUGUAUGCUGAUCAGCCACAUUUAUUCAACGAGGCAGUAGAAAAUAUAUGUAAUACAGUGGACUAACUGCAUGUCAGUGUCUUCUGGUAUUGUAUGUUAAAGCAUUGUUUUGUAUCAAGUUAUACACUAAUUUAUACUUAUGACCUUCUCAACAACACAAUCAAAUAUCUUUUUGUUUAAACCUAUUCCUUUGGUUAAUAUUUGACAGUAGGUAAUUUAAUAGCAUCCACAUUUUUAUCUUUGUUAGAAUCUGUUUGACCUCAAUAUGUAAUAUCUUACUCUCAUUUUAUAAUAUGUGCCUGACACAAUUCAUUGAGUGCUGUAUUUUUGUUAUAUUUUAAUAUUAUGUAUGUGGUGUUUUAUUACUGGAAUAACUUCAGAGUGUAUUUUUUUGUAUUUAAAACCCAUGUAAUGCACCUAUGUAAUGACCUAACCAGUAGAGGUCAGUAACAAGUCACUCUAUGAUCAGUAUGCUGCCAUCAGUCACCAUGCACUCUGCAAUAAUAGCUGUUGGGUGUUUGUGAUAUAUUCUUUGAAUGUAUUUUGUUCAAACUUAAACUGACAUCAUUUAUGCUGACGAUUGUAAAGUAAAUGCAUGUUGUACUUUUGUUAGGUAAAUAUGUCAUUUUACAAAGCUGUAUAUUCUCUAUAAUAAAGCCAUUGUUGUAGGUUUCUGAAA